GUCAUGUCACUGUCAGUGUCACACUCAGCUGUCUACUGCGUGGUGAUGUGUUUUUCGCCGAUAAAUAUAAUAUUUUCAUGAAAAACAUAUAAUAACUCUAGAUAAACGAGCACUACAAUCAGUUACCUGUAUACAUCUAACGGAGCUGCUCAUAAUUUACUAGAGAUGACGAAGUUGCUAGAGUGGAUCUCAGUGCUUUCAGCGUUCUUUGCUGUAUGGUACUCCUUGGUUGGCGGCUACGUCAAGCACCCAAUGAUUGAGAAAAACAUGAUGUUGAUACUUGUGUCCCCAAUCAUAUUUGUGAUACUUUUUGGACUGUACGCCAUCACUGUGAUACUUUAUCGAGUAUUCACGUUUAAUAACUGCGAGGAGGCCGCCAAAGAAUUGCAGGAAGAAAUAAAAGAGGCUAGACGUGACCUUCUAGACAAGGGGCUGAAGUGGUGAAUAAGUUCAUUCCAGUUAAGUUACAUUUAAGUAUACCGUUUCAUACUAAUUAUAUUUUUUUAACUUGA